AUUAUAUUCUGUUUGGCAUAAAAGCAUUUUGAUAAUUAUAUGGCUCGCUUUUUUCUCAACGUUAAGCUCUUUUCUGACCAAUUCUCUCUUUUUGUAACCAGGAAGGGAUAUGCAGUGGCGGCGUCAGGCGGAGGAAGAAGAGGAGGUGAGCUGAGCAACGUUAUGAUGAAGCAGCUGAAAGGAGGAGAUGAAGAAUCAGUUCCCAAAUCACCAUGGGUACCUGACCCCGUCACCGGUUAUUACCGACCGGAAAAUCAAGCAGAUCAGAUUGACGCCGUCGAGCUCCGGCGAAUGCUUUUGAAGAGCAACUUCAAACGACACUAACAAAUUUAGUUUAUCUCAAAAUUAGUAUACCAAGUUUACUUUGUAAUGGGGUUACGUUGCAAGUAUUUUAGUAGGUAUAUUAAGGAUAGAUGAUGAGUAUUUUACAUUUACGCUGGAGUUUAUAUGAAAAAUCGA